AUGGAGACCAUGAGGGGCCGCGCCUUGAUGGCCUGGUACCUUCGAAAGCGAGGUGCGAGUCCAAAGCUCUGUCAGUGUUUUGCCGGAUUCCUUGCCGAACCGGAAGGGGCAAUGCGUCGCUUCCGUCGUUCAUUGCUGGUCAUACGGGUAUACAGCAGCUCAGAAACCUUUGUGGCUAUCAAAAUUCGGGCUGUUCGAAUGCAAAAGAGCCGACAUAACCGUAGUGAACCCAAAAUGGGGCCCUCAUACAACUUCGACAAGCUAAGUGCGGGAUGCAACUCGGCCGAUGGAAAGGUGCUGCGCAUGUGUGUUCCACCCGAUUGA